GAAAGCGAACGGCGAAAAUAGAAGGCAAGACAAGAGAGGCAAACGCAAAGAAGGCUCGUUAUGUCGAAGCUUCUAGCCUGUCUUUACUCUUUCGAGACAUCCGCACCAAAAAGCACCGUCUGAUAGUGCAAUUGUAGAUUUGGUCGCAAGUCAACGUCAUCAACCUCAGAUCGAAAUUUCUCCCAAGCUUAACUACCCCAGAAACCCAACCUUUGCUAAUUCCAUUUUCAUUUUCAUUUUGCUCCAACUCCCUUUUCUGUUUCUCUUCGCCACCAGCCUUUUAUUGCGGCUGCGAAGUGAAAUCGGUGUAGUUUGGUGGUCGCGGUGCUGUUAUUCUAACUUUAAAAGCCGCAGGGAAUACUCAUGUUCGGGAGUUUUGCUCAGUUCAUAGUUCGGGUGGCAUCACCAUUAGCUUGAAGAGAAAAGGGAAGAGAAAGAGAGGAUGAGGAACAAAUACAGGAAACCAACAAAUUUACGUUGCAAUGCAGGGAGCAGAUUUUCUGCAUCUGCUGUGGUGUGGAGCUUGGUAGGAUGCAUUUUUUUGAUUCAUUUCUAUUCCAAUAUUCAUCAAAGAGAUAGGGAAGGUGGCGAGGUCCAAUUGCGAGUAAGCGGUCAUCCCCAACUCCGUGAACUUCUAGUAGUGGAGGAGGAGGAGAACAUACGAAUUCCCACACCAAGGGGAAAGAGGUCCCCUAGGGCAGCAAAACGUAGACCUAAGCGUGCAACCACGGUGAUCGAUGAAUUCCUUGAUGAAAAUUCACAACUGAGACAUCUAUUUUUUCCUGGUCAUAAAAGGGCUAUAAAUCCAGCAAAUGCUGGGAAUGAGAGUUAUUAUUACUACCCUGGCAGAAUUUGGUUGGAUACAGAUGGGAAUCCUAUUCAAGCCCAUGGAGGUGGCAUUCUGUAUGAUAAAAAAUCUCGGACAUACUACUGGUAUGGUGAGUAUAAAGAUGGGCCCACUUACCGUGCUCACAAGAAAGGAGCUGCCCGUGUGGACGUUAUAGGAGUAGGCUGUUAUUCUUCCAAGGAUUUGUGGACUUGGAAAAAUGAGGGAAUUGUAUUGGCGGCAGUGGAAACGAAUGAAAAUCAUGAUCUGCACAAGUCCAAUGUGCUUGAGAGGCCGAAAGUGGUUUACAAUGAUAAAACUGGACAAUAUGUGAUGUGGAUGCACAUAGACGAUGCCAAUUAUACAAAAGCUGCUGUUGGGGUGGCAAUCAGUGAUGCUCCUGAUGGUCCUUUUGAUUAUCUUGGUAGCCAAAGGCCACAUGGAUAUGAAAGCAGGGACAUGACAGUUUUCAAGGAUGAUGAUGGGGCAGCAUAUCUAAUAUACUCCUCUGAGGACAAUAGUGAACUGCACAUUGGACCCCUAACUGAAGAUUAUCUUAACGUGACUUCUGUCAUGAGGAGGAUUCUGGUGGGACAGCACCGAGAAGCACCUGCUCUAUUCAAGCACCAGGGUACAUACUAUAUGAUCACAUCAGGCUGCACCGGCUGGGCCCCAAACGAGGCACUGGCUCAUGCUUCUGAGUCAAUAUGGGGGCCAUGGGAAACAAUGGGAAAUCCAUGCGUUGGAGGGAACAAAGUAUUUAGACUGACAACUUUCUUUGCUCAGAGCACUUUUAUACUCCCUAUGCCUGGAUACCCUGGUUCAUUUAUUUUCAUGGCAGAUCGAUGGAAUCCUGCCGAUCUAAGAGACUCUAGAUAUGUAUGGUUGCCUUUGAUAGUGGCAGGACCUGCUGAUCAACCUCUGGAGUACAAUUUUGAGUUCCCAUUGUGGUCAAGAGUUUCUAUCUUUUGGCACAGAAGAUGGAGACUGCCUCUGGGUUGGAGAGGAUUCAUAUAAUGAGGUUCUCCUUGUACAUUCGAUCACAUAUGAAGCCUCUAAGUCUACAGCCCGCCGAUUUGCAUUGUCAAACCCUGGCUUAAAACUGUGAAAGUUCACCCGCAACAUGAGUACGCGGAUACAGGACUUCAGUCUCGAGAACUAGAGUUUUCACAUUUCUUAAUUCACAAUAGUUAGAAGUAGCCUGUAUAUAUAUAUCGAGAAAGAUUGGCCAUUGACCUACCGAGUCCUAACUUAGGUGGAUACUUUGUUUGUUGACACUUCUCUUUACCAUUUUGAUAUACACAACGUGAAAUUGCUUCACAUACUUGGAUAUAAUGUACUGAUUUCAUGUUAAUGCUCGAUAGAAAAAAAGGGUGGGCUGUGAUCCAUACCUUGUCACUGAAAUUUGAGAGUUCUAUCAUAGCCCUUAGUCCAUAGUUCCAUUAUCCCAUAAGCUCCAAGUUGUAGCAGCCCACAGUUUUUUGACAUGUCCAGCACAGUCCGUAAGUCCAUAGUGCCAUUAUCCUUAUGCCCAAGUAGCAACCCAUUGUUUUUUUAACAUGUCUUGACUAAUGACUAUUAACUGUUGCGUCCUAGAAAGAUGGAUUUUCUGACUUCUGAGUACUGUGUAGAAGUGUAGCGUGUGCCAUAUGAGUGGGCCUCAACUCAAAAUACAGGUUCAAGUGAUCCGAACUAGUUAUACAGAAGAAGCCUUUAUGUUCCUUU